AUGUUUCGCAAGAAGUAUCAGUGCAAGGGGUGCUUUAUCUAUUUGUGCAAAAAGCACGUAGCCGGCAAGAUCAUGCUGCCCGACUAUACGAAAAAGCGCUCAGUGUGUGGUGAUUGCUAUCGGAUCCAUCGCAAUGGACCCAUGAUGGCAAACACUCCAACAGUUGUUAGUGGCGCUGGUGGUGCGCGAGCAGCACGUGCGUCCGGGAGUCAUGUUUCCAGCUCGGGUCCGUUGCCUGACCGCAAGGAUCCCAAUCUGCGCAUUAAUGCUUCCAUGCAGGCUACAUCGACUGCGUCUGCCCCUGGGACGAGUCAUGAAGGAAUGGAUACGAUCAGCAACAACAGUUUACUGUAUAAUAACUUUCGACCGAGCAAUUUGCUUGGAUCUCGACUGAACAGUACUCGCACGACACGAGCUGAGUCUACACAGUCGAUGGUGGGCCGGCCUUCGAAUGUGCCUGGUCCACAGAUGAACGUGCGGUACAGUGCUUCUACGGUUGGAGCGCGGCCCAAUUGGACACCGAGCAGUAGUCGUGCCCACGGUACCAACACAUUAAUCAGCGACACGACCGUCAGUCUUACAGACAGCGAGCAUCACAACGCUGAUUUGAGUGCUCUGCAGCAUCGGGUGGGUACGCUGGAGGAGUGCAACAAGAUCCUUAUGACUCGUGUGGCUGAUCAAGAGAGACAGUACAACGAGGCCAUGUUGCUGCUAACGACGACGAUGACGCGCGUGGCCGAGAUGGAAAUCCGUUUGCCAACGGAGCGAAGCAAGUCGUAUCGAGGAACGGGUGGUUCCACGACUGCCUCGGAGAGAGCAUCUGAGCUGGAUUGCAACGACAAGUUUUCUUUUCCGACGCCGUUUGUGGAGAAGUAUGAUUGA